AUUAUUAUAAAACGUUAUAAACAUUAUGUCAGCACAGAGUGCACAAGAAAUAGACAUUAUGCACGGAUUAAAAACUGUUUUGGCUCAAAUAGAGUCUGCCGUAGCCCGGAGGAGUAAAGAUCUGCCGCAAGUAACACCUAGAUUAGUAGCGGUAUCAAAAAUAAAGCCUGCUACAUUAAUAGUACAAGCUUAUGAAGCAGGGCAGAGACAUUUUGGAGAAAAUUAUGUAAAUGAACUUGCAGAUAAAGCUAAAGACCCAUUAAUAUUGGAUAACUGUAAGGAAAUAAAGUGGCAUUUCAUUGGUCACCUACAAACAAAUAAAAUAAACAAACUUCUUGGCUCUCCAGGAUUGUUUAUGGUUGAAACUGUUGAUUCUGAAAAACUGGCUGAUAAUUUAAAUAAACAAUGGCUGAAAUAUAGAAAAGAGGAAGAAAAAUUAAAGAUCAUGGUGCAAAUAAAUACUAGUGGUGAAGAAGCAAAAAAUGGCAUUGAACCACCAGAGACAUGUCAACUAGUUGAACAUGUAUUGAGGAAUUGUCCAAACCUCGAAUUUACUGGCUUAAUGACUAUCGGCCAGUAUGACUAUGAUUUAUCAAAAGGCCCCAAUCCAGAUUUCAUAACAUUGGCAAAGUGUCGGGAAGAAGUUUGCAACAAACUGAAUUUGGAUAUAAAAAAUGUAGAAUUGUCUAUGGGUAUGUCCAGUGAUUUUGAACAUGCUAUUGAAGUCGGAGCCACCACAGUUCGUGUUGGGUCAAAUAUCUUUGGUGCUAGACCGCCGAAUUUUAAACCUUAAGUUGUUGUAAGUGAAUAAGCACAA